AUGUCUGGGAAAAAUGACACUGCAGUGACAGAAUUCAUCUUGCUGGGGUUAACAGACUCACCUGGACUUCAAAUUACACUUUUUGUAUUAUUUUUGGUGAUUUAUACUCUCACCAUGAUGGGAAAUGCAGGGAUGAUCACAUUAAUCAUGAUAGAUUCUCAACUCCACACACCCAUGUAUUUUUUUCUGACCAGCUUGUCCUUGGCUGAUAUUUUUUACUCUUCAAACAUCACUCCCAAGAUGUUAACUGACUUAUUGUCUGAAAGGAAGGUCAUCUCUUUUGCUGGCUGCUUUGUGCAGAUGUAUGUUUUUAUUGCUUUGGCAGCCACUGAGCAUAUCCUCUUUGGAUUGAUGGCUUAUGACCGCUAUGUGGCCAUCUGUAAUCCCCUCCUUUACCCAGUUAUCAUGUCAAGGACAGUGUGCCUGAAGAUGGCCACGGGGGCCUUCACAGCAGGAUUCCUGAACUCGAUUAUUCAUACCAGUUACAUAAGUAGCUUAUCCUUCUGUGGCUCCAAUGUCAUCCAUCACUUUUUCUGUGACACUCCCCCAGUACUCAAACUCUCUUGCUCUGAUACUCAAAUGAAUGAAACAAUGUCUGUGGAAAACCAUACUGCAGUGACUGAAUUCAUCUUGCUAGGGUUAACAGACUCACCUGAACUUCAAGUUAUACUUUUUGUAUUAUUUUUGGUGAUUUACAUUCUCACAACUAUGGGAAAUGCAGGAAUGAUUACAUUGAUCAUGAUAGAUUUUCAACUCCACACACCUAUGUAUUUCUUUCUGACCAAUUUAUCUUUGACUGAUGUUUUUUACUCUUCAACUAUUACUCCCAAGAUGUUAGCUGACUUAUUGUCUAAAAGAAAAGUCAUCUCUUUUACUGGCUGCUUUCUGCAGAUGUAUGUCUUUAUUGCUUUAUCAACUACUGAGUGUAUCCUGUUUGGAUUGAUGGCAUAUGACCGCUAUGUGGCCAUCUGUAAUCCCCUCCUUUACCCGGUUAUAAUGUCAAGGACAGUGUGCCUGAAGAUGGCCACGGGGGCCUUCACAGCAGGAUUCCUGAACUCGAUUAUUCAUACCAGUUACAUAAGUAGCUUAUCCUUCUGUGACUCCAAUGUCGUCCAUCACUUUUUCUGUGACAGUCCCCCAAUCCUCAAACUUUCUUGCUCUGAUACUCAAAUGAAUGAAACUAUCAUUUUCAUUUGUGCUGGGAUAAACAUGUUAGGAACAUUUCUGAUCAUCCUUACCUCUUAUGUCUGCAUCCUCUUCUCCAUUCUACGCUUGAAUUCAGUUGAAGGGAGGCGCAAAGCAUUCUCAACCUGUGCUUCUCAUAUUACAGCCAUUGUUAUAUUUUAUGGAACUGUGAUUGUUACUUAUUUGUGUCCAAGUUCAAGCUAUUCCCCAACUCAAGGAAAAGUGAUAUCUGUAUUCUACACAGUGGUUAUCCCAAUGUUGAAUCCUUUAAUCUACAGUCUGAGAAAUGAAGAAGUGAAGAGAGCUUUAAAGAAUGCUAUCACUAGAAAAAGAAUCCCAACAUUUAUAUGA